GAAGACAUGGAACAUAUAUUAGUAGACUGCCCUGAAAAUGCCCAAUCAACAAUCUGGGACCUAGCAAAGAACAUAUGGCCUACCGCAAAUGGCCCCUGGCCAAGAGUCACACUAGGAACAAUCCUAGGCUGUGAAAAUAUUACCCUCACCCACCAAAGAACCAACAACUGA